UCAAGCAGGCAGAGUAGCUGAGUGGAGCCCCAGAGGGAGGGAACGGUGUUAGGCUGGCAACCGCAGGAGUCAUCUUUCCCUGCCCGACCUUCCAGCACUAGCUCACCGCCCAACCAUGAGCCUGGGUGGACCGGCUACAGGCUCCGGAGCAUGUGAGUGCCAAGGUGGAGACAGCCAACAUGCCAUUCUGUACUCCUUGCUGAGCCAGUCCCAGGGCCCAUCGCCUCAUGCCCAAUGCCUCUGUGCCCGGCACCGCACAGUCUGCCUCCGUGCUCCACAGCACACCUGCCUGGCUGCAGCAGGUGUACUGGCUAAGACCAUCGCUUUCCUGCAGAACUUGCCCUCCUUUGGCUUGCUGCCCCCAGGGGACCAGAGGCUGCUGCUGGCCAACUGCUGGGCCCCCCUCUUCCUCCUGGGGCUGGCCCAGGAUGCAGUGACCAUUGAGGUGACUGAGAUGCCAGCCCCCAGUAUGCUCAAGAAAAUUCUGCUGGAGGAGAGCAGCCCAGAACCCCAAAGACCCCAGCCCACACUUGCAGGGGUACAUCGACUCCAAUGCUGCCUACACACCUUCUGGAGUCUGGACCUGAGCCCCAAGGAGUAUGCCUACCUAAAAGGAGCAAUCCUUUUUAAUCCUGACACACCAGGUCUGCAGACUGCUUCCUACGUGGAAAGCCUGCAUCGGGAGGCAGAGCAGGUCCUUCGGGAGGCUUUGGCACUCCACCACCCUGUGGACCAGGGCUGCUUUGCCCGAAUCCUCCUUGUGGCCUCCACCCUUAAGUCCAUCCCUCCUGCCCUGCUCAGCUCCCUCUUUUUCCACCCAAUGUUUGGGGAUGCUGACAUCACCAGCCUCAUUGUGGACAUGCUGUUCUUGACUUAACUGAGGGGAUGGUUCUUCUUCCCCAUUCCAAAUGCAUCCAAGACACAGAGGCACCUCAUCCAGGCUUGACACAAUGCAGAGACUCCGUUAGACUUGUCUGAGAGCUUGCUCUGAAGGCUGUGCCUCUCUGGAUGGGAUCUGGCCUGCCUCAGGGCAGGGACUCACCCAUUAUACCCAGCCCUGAGCAUUCUUCAGAUCUAGGCACUGUACCCCGCCUUGAUAGGUGCCAAAGCCAGCCGAGCUGGGGUGGGGUGGAGAUGCUUACUGGCUCAGCUCUGAUGCUGGGUUCUCAUAGACUCACAGCUGGAAAGGAACCCUGAGGACAUCCAGUCUAGGAUAGGAAUAGGAAUUCCCUCUGCAUCAUAGGGGUUUGAUGCAAGUGUGAUUUGAUGCAAAUCUCCACUCAUGAUCGUAAAAACUUCUAGAGAUGGAGGAAUUCAUAUCUUCCAAUCUAUUAGUUUUGAGGGCUUGAGAAUCAGUCAAUAGGAAAAUAAGGGGGGGGAGUGGUCUAGAUUUUAUUAAAUUCAUCAAAUAUGUAUUAAGUACCUACUGUGUGCCAGACACUGCAUUAGGUGUUGAAGAUACAAAAACAAAAAGGAAAUAUAUCCUUUGUCCCCUGUGUAGAAUACCCAUGUGCUGAGAGCAUUCCACAUCUUAGAAAUUCCACUCUCCUUUUCUCUCCUCAUCUUCUUCCCACACUCUAUUAUCUAGGGGUUUUUAACUCUUUUGUGUCAUGGACUAUUUUGGCAAUGCAGUACAGCUUUUCUCAGAGUAAGGGUUUUGUUGUUGUUGUUGUUGUUGUUUUAAUUCACAAUUGGAGAAAACAUUAAAUUUCAGUUAGCGGUUAGUGAACAUAAAGAUGCAAUUUUUUUCUCAUCCAAGAUCAUGAGCCCCCUGAAAUCUAUUUCCCCACAAGAGGAUCCAUGGAGUUCAAGUUAAAGAUCCCUGCUCUAAAUCUCUGCUGAGAUUGGCCAGUCAUGGCCAAGUCUGUGCAACGUUCUCCAAAAAUGGACAAAAUUAGACAAAAAUGUCUAAAAAUUUGGAACAACUCAGUUUUACCAAGAGUCCUCCCACCCCCAAUGAUGUCCCUGGAAAGUUUACUAGCCCAACACUGAUGUUUAGGUUCUUUGGGGUCCCUGGAACCCCACUGUCUGGGGGGACGGUGGUUCAGUUUCUUUGAACCAUCUCCUUUAGCUUCUUCCUAUGGAUACCAAAGGGAAAAGAAGUACCUUUCCAUUUUGAUCCUGGAGGGUUGUCAGAGUCUCCCUUCCCAACAUGAAAACUGUGAAGCUGGGCUGUUCAUAAGCCAAGGCACCCUGAAACUUGUACAGAACUAAUUUAAAUUAUUGAUUUUUAUAAUAAAAGAUUUCAUAUCCUUGAAA